AUGGAGUUCGACUGCGAAGCUUUGCGGCAGCUUCUCAGCAAGUACAAAUUUAGAGACCUAACUGUGGAAGAACUAAAGAAGGUCAAUGUGUUUUACCCACAUUUCAGAUAUUCUGUGGACACCUAUGUUUUUAAAGAUAGUUCCCAGAAAGACCUGCUGAAUUUUACUGGCACUAUUCCUGUAAGGUAUCAGGGUAAUACAUACAACAUACCAAUUCGUUUGUGGAUUUUGGAUUCUCACCCUUUUGCUCCACCCAUUUGUUUCUUGAAGCCAACUACAAAUAUGGGGAUCUCAGUUGGAAAACAUGUGGAUGCCCAAGGCAGAAUAUAUCUCCCCUAUCUCCAAAACUGGAGCCAUCCUAAAUCUGUCAUUGUUGGAUUAAUCAAAGAAAUGAUCACAAAGUUUCAAGAAGAACUUCCGCUGUAUUCUCUGUCAUCAUCAUCUGAUGAAGCACGGCAGGCCGACUUGCUAGCAUAUAUUGCAAAAAUCACUGAAGGUGUCUCAGACAUAAAUUCAAGGAGCUGGGCAAAUCAAGAGACUAAAACAGUUAAUAAAAUUACUGUAGUUGGAGGUGGGGAGUUGGGCAUUGCUUGCACUUUAGCAAUUUUAGCAAAGGGGAUUGCGGACAGGCUGGUCCUCUUAGAUCUCUCAGAAGGGACUAAAGGAGGGACGAUGGACCUUGACAUCUUCAGCUUGCCUAAUGUGGAGAUCAGCAAAGAUUUGUCUGCCUCUGCUCAUUCCAAGGUGGUGAUCCUCACAGUCAAUUCUCUGGGUAGUUCUCAGUCCUAUCUUGAUGCAGUACAGAGCAACGUGGAUAUGUUCAGAACCCUUGUCCCAGCUCUGGGACAUUACAGUCAGCACAGUGUCCUGCUUGUUGCAUCUCAGCCAGUGGAAAUCAUGACAUACGUGACAUGGAAGCUGAGUGCGUUUCCUGAAAAUCGAGUGAUUGGCAUUGGAUGUAAUCUGGAUUCACAAAGACUACAGUAUAUUAUUACCAAUGUUUUGAAAGCACAGACUUCUGGAAAAGAUGUAUGGGUUAUUGGUGAGCAAGGAGAAGACAAAGUGCCCACAUGGGGUGACCAAGAAGCAGCUUUGAAUCAUAACUCUAAAGUACAACUGUCCAACAGAGCCAUGGAAAUGUUAAGGGUAAAAGGUCAACGAUCCUGGUCUGUUGGACUGUCUGCAGCUGACCUUGCUGACAGUAUUGUCAACAAUAAAAAGAAAGUGCAUUCUGUAUCAGUGUUAUCGAAGGGAUAUUAUGGUAUAAAUAGUGAAGUGUUUUUAAGUUUGCCUUGUAUUCUUGGAAACAGUGGAAUAACUGAAGUCAUCAGAACUACAGUGAAAGAAGAUUCAGUGACUGAGAAACUCCAGAGCAGUGCUUCUUCAAUCUGUGGUCUCCAGGAGCAAUUAAAACUCUGAUCCUGA